AAUAAAACAAAAUUAAAAAUCGGCGCCAAAAUUUGUACUACCAAUAAUAUAUAAAAUUUUGAUAUUUUUGCCAGAUUACAACUGAAUAACAAUAAUUAUUAUUGUCCAAUUUUUACGCACUUGGCACAGUUUUGUAUAUCAUCGCUAAUUAGCAAAUACAGUGCUUACGUGGGUCACAAUAUGAAUAUAGUGAACUCACCGCCAGCUUAUCAGACCAGCGUCGCCCAGAAAUCUCGUGCGAAAAUCGCUGCCCAUCAUCGGUUCAAAUAUGGAUCCCCAAAACUAGUGGACAUGAUGCGAGAAAAAUGUCGACUUCGUAUCAAAGAGGCCCGCAGCGACCACUUGCUGCGAAAGCGGAACAUCGUGCAGGAGGAAAAAGCUCUGCUGGAGUCCAUCGUUCGCCAGGAGCUGUCCGAACUGGAGCAAGACAUUGCACUGCAGGAGUUAAUCUUCCAGGAGUUGAUUGCCGAAACUGAUGAAUGGUUGUUCGAAGAGUACGAACGAUCCGAAUGUUACCAGAUCGAUGAAUUCGGGGAGGAAGUGGUAUUUUGCCCCUUCUGUCAGAAAGAUAAGCUGGUUCAGAUGGGGGAUAGCGCUGCGAUGCGAUGUUCGUGCGGUGUCAUGAUUAAACAUUCGGGUGGAAUCGAGGGAAUCGGAAUGGCUGUCCGGAAUGCACUCCAGGAGCAUAAUACACGGUGUGAUUCCGAAAUGCAGUUCUUUCUCGAGCCAGACGACGUUGAUAAAAGCUUUGGAUGGUUGAAUGCUUUAUGUCCCAGCUGCGAUUAUUGCAGAAGUUUAACUAAUUAAGUUUGAUAUGUUUUGGAUAUUUGAUUAGUUUAUUGCAGUACCUAUUAAGUAAUAUGUUUUGGAUAUGUUUUAAAUCAUUCUUGUAAGUUGUUAUGCAUAUUUUUUUGUUUUUGACGUACAAUUUAAUCUUUGAAAAUAUAUAAAAAUUGCUUGACUUCGAUUA